AUGAGUCAUCCAUUGGAAAAUUCUUGGACUUUUUAUUACUAUAGCACAAGUAAAACUCAAAGAAGGUCUGAAGAUUAUUUGCAAUGCAUUCAAAAAAUCUCAACUGUUACAACAAUAGAAGAUUUUUGGGCUGUUUAUUCCCAUACAAUUCCUCCUUCAAAACUGAAGCCGAAUACAGCACUCCACUUCUUCCGUGGUAACUAUAGAGCAGUUCGCGAAGAUAAAGAAAAUCAAAAUGGAGGAACUUUCUUCAUUAAAUUACUCAAAAACCAUGCUUCUCAAGAAUGGGAAAAACUCCUUCUUGAUUUUAUUUCAGACAACGUUAGUGAUGAUGUUACAGGUGCUGUUGUAUCAGUAAAGUUAGAUGCUGAAAGAAUUUUAGUCUGGAAUAAGACUUCUGAUGAUCCAAAUCUACGUUUAACAAUUGCAAAUCAACUUGCUCAAUGUCUCAACCUCCCAUUCAAGAGCAAAAUCGAAUAUCUUGCUCAUCAGAGAAUUGGAAAUUCGAAAUCAAUUAUUUACAUCAUUGAAUCUGAAGGAGCUGUAGAACAACGUAAUAACAGCAGGUAG